GCCUGCCAUAGUUGUUGACGUAGCUUGAGUCGAUCGAGAAGGUGUUUUGGAGGGCCUGUAAAGUCUCCCGCCGUUGGUGGCGAUGGUUUUUCGGGUGUUCGGCAGUGGUGUCGACGGUCAGGGAGGCAGUUGAGAGUCGCUGGGGCUGCCACCUGCGUCGUCGCUGCUGUGCUGCAAACCCGCCUCUGGGCCCAUCGUGUGUUCUGAGGGCUGUGAGAGAGGCAGUGCCUGUGCUGGGUCAGCUGCCGCGGGUCACUCCCGCCUCCUGGCUGAAGGCACCAAAGAGGAGGAGAAGAGGGAGGAGGACGUCGCUGUCCUUGGCCUUCAGGGAGGGAAGGAGGGGACGACGGAGAAGAGACCACUGGUUGGGCAGAGUGCCGAUACUCAGCCCGCUGCUCCUGGCAACUGUUGCCGGCACGCAGGAGACGUCCGGCCCGUCCCCCAGUACCGAGAACCUGGGAAAGGCGGAGUGGAGGGGAAGUUUCGGUCCUCACCCCCAGGCUGUUGCGCAGUUUUCCCGCAGCCUCUGAUCGACUGCUGCCUCCGCCGUACCUUUCCGAGUGUUUCUUCGCAGGGGUUGAUAAGAAAGAUACUUUUGCAGGUGUCAUCUUGGAGAAAAUUUAAGUUUCAAGGUCCUUGGGAAGGCAUUUAACCACUUUUUAAGUUUUAAGUCCCUCGUUGAGUGUACGAAAUCGGAUCUACAGGCAUAGUGGGGUGGAUUAACAUUUGCAAAAUGUGCGCAUAGCAAGCAGUCUUAUUCCUGGUUUCGUAUAAAAGCUCUAGUCCAGCAGCACUGUUCAGAAAGCUUGCUAGUGCUGUGUUAUGGACAGUGAAAAAUGAACAAAUACUUUAAUUAAUGACGGCACUGUAAUUUUCACUUGUGAUCCAUUAUUUUUACUUUGAUUCUGGGCAUGACUUGAUAUACUGCAUUUGAUAUAGGGUUUUCCUGCGUUUAGUUUACUGAAUAAGAAAGCAUGAUAAAAGCCUAUGUUCCACCUCUGUGUAUCGUAUUUGCAGAUGUGGAUAAUCUGCAAAUAUCUAACCAAAUUUAGACACACUGAAGGAAUGUUAAUUUAGUAUAAAGUCUGAACAAUUAUUGAAAAAAGAUUAAUCUUGCCUUCAAAUAUACACACACUUCUUGGACGGCUUUCUAUAAUUGAUUUUAGUGACUAGAUUUAAAAAGUUGCAAUUUGGAUAGCAAUUAUAAUGAACGAGCCUGAAAAAAUUGAAGCCUUCAAAAGGAUUUCAUCCAACUUCCUAUGGUAUGUGAAGCAUUCCCAGACCCUUCAACCAACUCAACAGCAGCUACUUCCCUGUGACUGGGUCCUGAUUAAGGUCCUCCCAAGAAAGACUUCAUUGGAUCCACGCUCAAGAGGACUCUGCCAGGUUUUCCUGACCCCUUUACAUCGCUAUAAAGUGCCAAGGCCUUAAGACUUGGGUACGUGUAUUACAACGGCAAGAGUGCCAGCGCCCACCAAAGACCCAUUGGACCUGUCAGCUCCUCUGUUUCACCAAGCAGACAUAAUAACUUACCAGCAAAGCAGAGUAAGCCAGAUGCCUCUGCAUGAUACCACCAGCUGAUAACACACAAGAAAAAAUAAUUAACUUAGACUAGAACCCUAUCUUUUCUUGAGAAGCUGGAAUUUAAAGGAGCUAUUCUGAGAUCUGUGCUGUUAGUAAGUGACUGAUAACAUAGACUGGAUCAGUCCCUGAGUUCAGAGACUGGGUUGCAAGUGAGUGAAAAAUAGACAACGAAAUCUUGAAGAAUUGCACAGAGGUGCAAGCCACAUUUUACCCUCUCCAAGUAAUGGUGGUUGGACUGAGAAAGUGCUAAACCAAACCUGUAAUAGGACUGGUUGUUUGGGUGUCUCUCUUUAUCAUUGUUGCCUCUUACAGUUACAUUGCUUUCUGUGUUGUCUCUCUAGGUCCCAAUGUUCUCAGAUAAUUCACAUUGCCCUGACUGUGGACAGCAGUGGUUCCCUAGUUUAGAACUAGGCCACUGGUUGUACCAAACUGAACUGGUUGAGAAUGAAUGUUACCAAGUAUUCUUAGACCGUAUUAACAGAGCUGAUUAUUGCCCUGAGUGUUAUCCUGAUAAUCCUGCUAAUAGAAGCCUUGUUCUUCCUUGGUCUUUCCCACUUGAGUGGGCUCCCCAAAAUCUUACCAGGUGGACCUUUGAAAAAGCUUGCCACCCAUUUCUUCUGGGUCCUCCACUGGUUAGAAAAAGGAUACAUGACUCUAGAGUUGCUGGUUUUAACCCUGCAUUACAGUUAAUCCUGACCAGAACAGAUAAAACCUUGAACAAAAAACUUGGCCAAAGCAAAUAACUUCUGAAACAGUCAAAAUCAUGGAGACUCUAGAGGGUUUUGUACUAGUAGCCCAAGGAAGAUGGAAAAAUGACUCCUUUCUAUAUCUGAUCCAGACUGUCACUACUCUGGGAAACUGCUUAAAUUGUUGUUGGAUCUGCUUCCAGGGUCUGUGCAUCUCUUCUUCAGCAUGAAUUUAAUCAGUAUUCCAAGCCAGAUUGUUCAUCUAGAACCUGACUAAUCCAUAUCUCCUAUGUUUUGGAAUUAGCUUACUCCUAAAAAUCUCCACAGCCUAAUUAUUGACGUUAUUAUGACAUGGUAGUCCUGGAGGAGAAGCCCCAUACUGUGUGUACUUUCAUUAUAUUCUAGUGAAAACUUUUCUGGGAAAGCAUCCUUGUAGCUGAAUUCUAGAUUAUUCCAGUAAAACAACUAAACAUUUUAAUAAUAAACUAUAUUGUUCUAAAUUCCACCUCUUAAAUAUUAAUCAGUGAUAAUUAUAUAUAUAUAUAUAAAAUUUAUUCAUAUAUAACCAUUUAUUCAUCAUUGGCUCUAUUUAGCUCAUCCUCAGUGUGGCUAUGACGUUAUCCAUAACUGGUCACUGUCAGAGGAAUCACAUUCAGUCAGGCAGCACCUAUAUAGGUGACAAUAAAAACAUGCAGAAAUGCCUCUGUCUACACCUCCUUGGCUCUACAUAAGCAAGGACUAUCCUGUCUUUGUGGUGACUGAACUUAGAAUGUCCUCCCCUGGCAAUGGAAAAGUACCUGUCCUAGGAGAUAGGUGACGAAAGGAGUUACCCAGCUUGACUGCAUAUAUAUUAUGAACAGUUUAGGGGAAGCAUUUUUCUUAGAACUAAGAAGGUCUUACCUGACAUUGGCCUCAUUCUGGCCUUCACUUGUUCAUAAGAAUCAUGAAACUAGAGUUCAGGUUAAGAAACUUAGAAAACAUCUCAGAGGCCACUGAACAAUUUAAAAAUUCCACUUAAGAUUCUAGAUAAUCCAGUGCUUGUGUAGCAACUCAACAAUGUUCUCAAGGCCCCAGGUUCUUGCUAUCUUUCCCCUCUGGGAUCUUUAGCAUAUUGGCUUUUUGUCCUCAUAGUUCUCACCGAGUAUAAUGUAGCUUGUUGCUGCUCCAGACAUUUCAGUCCCAGUCAAAGGCUGGAAGUAAGGAGCAAAAAGCUUUCUCCUUUCAAGUCUGUGUCUUUUAUUUGGGAAGAAGAUCUUUCUCAAAAGUCCCUCACAGAUUUUUUCUUACAUCCUUGAUUCACAAAGGAACCUGGGAAACCUGGCAGAGGGGAAUGGAGUUGCACUGCCUGGGUAGGACACAUUGUCUCCCCUAAUAAAAUCAGGGCUCUUUUAGGAAGGAAGAAGUAAGGAAUGAAUGGCUAUUUGUAUGCAACAAAUCAUGCCUGCCACAUGUUAAAAAGUCACUUGUUAGUCUGCUUAAAGAAUGUACCCCAGAGAUCUGCCCUGUAUCUGCCUUAUGUCUGUCAUGAUGGAAGUUCUCUUCUGUUCUAUUGCUGAAUAAACUGUGUGGACUGCUAAA